GGCGCGCCGCCGCCGGGAGCUCGGCGCGGUUGGACUAUGGCUGAGGUGGGCCGGGCGGCGGUGCGCGACCCUGGGGAGCUGCUCCCGGGGGGCUUCUGGGAGGCGGUGGCCGUGUGGCUGGAGAAGCCGCAGGUGGCCAACAAGCGGCUGUGUGGCGUCCGCCUGGAGGCCCGGCGGAGGGCCGCCCUGCCCCGGGUGUCGCCCCGCGGCCGCAGGCCCAACGCGGGCCCCGAGCUGGAGGAGCCGGGAGCGGCCGGACGGGGUCCGCGCCCCCCCGAGGGGGGCCCGGGUCGCGGGCCCGAGGAGUCCCGACACCGGCGCCAGCAAGGCGAGGGCCCCGGGGAAGCAGCCGCGGCGCCCCUGCUCGUAGAGGGCCCCGGGCAGCCCGACAAGGCAGGAGCCGGGGAGGGCGAUUUCUCCGCCUGGGAUCUGGAUUCUCUGUGGGACGAUUUCUCCCGAAGCCUCGCCGGCGGCAGCCACGAGUUGCUGGCCUUCCUCACCGGGGCCCGUGCGGGAUCGCAGCCAGAGGCGCCGAGCGAGCUCGACGUGGUUCUCAGAACCGUCAUCCCGAAAACAAGCCCGCUUUGCCCGCUUGCUGCUCCGAGGAGAGAAGUUGUCGUGCAAGAUGUCCUCAACGGAACUGUAACAUUUUUACCUUUGGAGGAAGAUGACAAAGGGAACGUAAAGGUUGACACAAACAACGUGUAUCAAAUCCGGCUCAGUGGGAGCAAAGAAGAAUGGUUCAUAUCUAUUUUAAUUUUCUGUCCAGAAAGAUGGCAUUCAGACGGAACUGUUUACCCCAAACCCGCCUGGCUGGGGGAAGAGCUGCUGGCCAGGCUGGCCAGGUGGUCUGUGGGGAGCAAGAAAAGUGGGUUUAAAAGCACCCUGUCCCUCAUUUCCAUCAUCGAAUACAGCAAGACUUACCAGGCGCUUAAGGAGAAGCAUAAAGACAUGGUCAAGGUGUGGCCUGAAGUUACUGAUCCUGAAAAGUUUGUGUAUGAAGAUGUGGCUAUUGCUGCCUACCUGCUGAUUCUGUGGGAAGAAGAAAGAGCUGAGCUGGGCCUGACAGCCAAGCAGUCCUUUGUUGACCUAGGCUGCGGAAAUGGUCUCCUGGUUCACAUCCUGAGCGCUGAGGGGCACCCAGGCAGAGGGAUCGAUGUCCGAAGAAGAAAGAUCUGGGAUGUGUAUGGACCGCAGACUUGCUUAGAGGAAGGUGCAAUCACACCCAGUGAUGAGACCCUUUUCCCUGACGUUGACUGGGUAAUUGGUAACCAUUCCGAUGAACUGACACCGUGGAUACCUGUGAUCGCGGCCAGGUCUCAUUACAGCUGCCGUUUCUUUGUCCUUCCCUGCUGCUUCUUUGACUUCGUGGGGAAAUACGCCCGGAGGCAGAGCAGAAAGACUCAGUACCGACAGUACCUCGAUUUCGUGACCGAGGUGGGGCUGGCCUGCGGGUUCCACGUCCAGGAGGACUGCCUGCGCAUUCCCUCCACCAAAAGGGUUUGUCUCAUUGGGAAACGCAGAACAUACCCCCCCACCGGAGAAGCCCCCAUGGAGGAGCAGAGAACCCGGUACAUUAAUAGCAGGCGGGGCUGCCCCGUGAGCCCGCCUGGCCGGGAGCCUCCCCGUCCUCCUCCCCGGGCCGCUGUGGCACGUGCGGGUCGCCCCCACGGGCGCCAGGCCCUGGACGCCGGGGCCGCCGAGGAGGGGGCGGAGGCCCGGGCCGCCGGACUCUGGCUGUCUGGAUUUCGCCCUAGAGAAAAAGCCGAGCGCGUGAGGAACUGCGCUGCCCUCCCUCGAGACUUUGUUGACCAGGUGGUUUUGCAAGUGGGACACCUGCUGUUGGACGCAGAGCGGCCGUGCGCAGCAAGUGCUCCGGGCGGGAGCUUGAAGGCCUGGAACCGAGGAGGAAGCCUCUCCUUGGCGGACGUAGCCAGCGAGCUGGACGGGGAGACCCUGCGGAGGCUGAAGCGGGAAUGUGGAGGCCUGCAGACGCUGCUCAAAAACAACCAUCAGGUGUUUGAAGUUCGGAGCGGGCGAGUUCACCUUCGCGACUGGAGAGAGGAGAGGCUCCGGAAGCAGCGGCAGCCGGAAGCGAGACGCAGACUGUUCUCGGAAGCUUUCAAAACCCGCCUGUGCUGGUUUUUCAGCCACCACCCCGACGGCUGCGCUCUGCCCUCGGACUGCUGCCCGUUUGCCCACGGGCCUGAGGAGCUGCGGCCGGCCCAGACCCCUAGGAGGAAGCAGGUUCUGUGAGCCUCUUCCGCCCUGCGAGUGCAGGCCUGGCGCGGGGGGCCAGGGCGCGGGGAGCGCGCCGGCUCCUCCGGGGACAGCAGGCCGAGCGGGCCGGGUUAGCGGCCCCCGGAUUUCCGCCGGAGCGUGGCCUUCCGUGUCACAGACACUCACGCCGCCACCCCGUCUCGGGUCUGUGGUGCGAACGAGGUCGCCCCUAACCGUCCAGCACCUUUACCUGGGGAAGAGCGUACGGGAGUUGUUGUCGCAUCUAGCUGUGGAGGUGGGGCAAGUGCCUGGCCGCCCGGCCCUCUCGGGCCCCGUCCCGGCUCGCCUGACUCCUCCUGUGUGACGGCCGGCCUGCCCCACGGAGCGCGGCCCUCCUGCCGCCCCCGGCUGCGCUGGAAAUUCAGCUGCCCCGGGGGUCGGUCACCACGCUGGUAUUUUGGAAAAGCUGUAGCACAUUGUUGAGCAGGUUAUUUUUAGUUACCGAGAACAAGAAACGGCCCUCAUUUCUUUGGCUAGGUCGCUCUAGGUGACGUGAAAAAAGAACCCUAAGGAAUACAAAGCGAGGCCAGAAAACAGAAUUAUCACAGAAAGGCAAAAACUGCCCCUGCCCUUCCUUCCCUGCUAGGUUUUCUCCCAAGUGCUGUUAGUAAUUGUUUGUAUUCUGGGAAAAAAAAUCCAACGUGUUUGUGUUUAAAAUUAUUUUUGGUUUUACGUGAAAGGCCACAUCGACACACACGGUCCUGCCGCUCACUUUUCGCACAGUGUACGUGUGUACCUUGGUGGCCUUUCGUCGUGUGGGUGUUCGCGGUUCGCCUGUGGCAACGACAGUAAAUUUUUCCCUUUCCCUGAGCGGUGCCUCAGCUUGGUGCAGCCCGGGAAGUGCCUGGCCGGCCUGGCCAGGGGUGGGAGGAGCGUCCAAUGGGCCCCGGGGGCUGCGUUGUUUCCCGCCCCCAGCCUCUCCCUGCGUGAGGUUCUUGGGUGGCCUGAGCGGCCACG